AGUCAUCAUAAUCCCAAGUUCCCAACCAUUGUUUGAAAUUUUCAGGAAUUAGGUCAACAAUCUCAAUCCAUUUCUUAAUUUGAUGAGUUGCAGAAUUCCAACUAACAUUCGCCAUUGAUCUUUCAUUCCGGUGUGUGUCAACAAUUUACGCAGCUCCGAUCAUCCUCCUCCAAUGGCGAGUUUCUUCGGCGGCUGCUGUGGGCGACGCACUUUGGUGCUUCUAGUCCUCGCCACCGCCAUCCCCUUCUCCCUGAUCGUUUCUCUGGAGCGAGCAGCCACCUCUACCAAUGGCUCUCUCAAGUACACUAGCCACGGCUGGUUAAGGGAGUGCGCCAAAUGGGACCAUCCACGUCGCAGAUUUCUCAUAUCCACCUUCUUCGACGGAGGAAUCGCCGAGAUUCGCCUCCCGGACACCGCCGACAGCUCCGACUUGCAGGAGCGUACGGUGAUCGCCGACGCUGACGUCGCCGGCAACGCCUCUCUAGGGAUCGCAAUCGAUGGGAAGCGAGACCGUCUCCUUGUUGUAUAUGCUGACAUCAUGAGAUUUCGGUCCGCCGCAGUAGCCGCUUACGGACUCGAGUCCGGCGAGCGUUUCUUCCUUACUCGCCUCAGCCGACCAGAUGACGAACCCUCAUUUGCCGACGAUGUAGCCGUCGACAAUGACGGCAAUGCUUAUGUUACCGACACGAAAUCAAACAAGAUCUGGAAAGUAGGAUUGAAUGGCGAACUCCUAUCAAUCAUAAGGAACAAUACUUUCCUCCAAAAGAAAGAAUGGUACAGAACCUUCGUUGGGCUCAACGGAAUUAUACACCACCCAAACGGCUAUCUUCUAGUCAUACACACCGCUGGUGGCUAUCUCUUCAAAAUUGAUACCAAAACCGAGGAAGUAAAAGUUGUACAAGUUACAGGUUCUGUUCUGCUGGGAGAUGGCUUGGAGCUGCUCUCACCAAGCAAGCUGGUAGUUGCAGGCACCCCUUCUGCUAGAAUUCUGGAGAGCUUCGAUGAUUGGAAUACUGCAACUGUCACGGAAAGAUUUGUCGGACCUUUGCAUCGCAUCGCCUCAUCGGCGACGGUGAAGGACGGGAAGGUUUACAUUAAUCAUUUAUUGGGAUUUGGAUUUACAAGGUGGACUCAUGUUCUUACUGAAGCUGUUUUCACUCCUUUGGCUGCCAAGUGACCAAUCAUCAGUGGUAUGCUAGGUUAUCGUUGGGCCCUUUACAUUAAUACCAGACAAAUCCUAUAUAUUUACAUGUCUAACAUCUAAACUUUACUUUUUUCUUGUACUUAUGCCACCGGAAUCUUUCAUGUUACGUCAAAAAUACCGUCAUUUUAAAUUUCAGAAAGUGGAAUAUACCUUUUGAUGCAUAGGUAAGGUGGUAUGUAUCUAAAAAGUAAAAUGUAGGUGUUAGAUAUGUAAAUAAGUAGGAAUUGAGUGGUAUGUGUUUGAACCCUGCUAUAUUAUGUCUUUAUGUUUCCACAUGAUUUGCAAAGUAGAUCUGUAGAGUGUGUUUCUGUUUCUGAUUUCAUCUUGUAUGCUAUGUCUGUUCAUUUCCAUUUGUUGUGGUGGGUUUUUUUAGUUGAUUUUGUAAUGUAAACCUUCAUUGGAUUUAAUUCAUGUUAAGCUAUGGAGCAUAAGUUAAGUAAACAUCA